AUGUGUGAAGAACUGAUUCAAGUUGCUGUACGACUUCGACCAUUCAAUCAACGGUCACAUGAUGGUUUCAUUCAAGCUCCUUCAGCAAUCUUUCAAGGUGAUGACAUUUCAUCGUCGUAUAAUUCUCAACGAAAACUUUUCGAUGAUUUCGGUCGAGAUUUAUUGAAAAAUGCAUUCAGCGGAUUCAAUUGUUCCGUAUUUGCCUAUGGCCAGACAGGAUCUGGCAAAAGUUAUUCAAUGAUUGGUUAUGGCGUUAAUCGGGGACUAAUACCAAUCACAUGUGAUGAAUUAUUCGACGAAAUUGAAAAUAAGAAAGAUUCUCAUACUCAUUUUGAAGUCACAUUAUCAAUGAUGGAAGUAUACAAUGAACAAGCUCGCGAUUUACUCUCGAAAAAGAUGCCAAACGCAUGUCUUACUGUUCGACAACAUCCAACAUUUGGCUAUUACUAUCCACAAGAUCUUCUUGCUAUACCGGUGGAUAAUUAUGAAGAUGUUGAACGUCUUUUAAGCGAAGGAAUACAAAAUCGAACAAUAGCUUCAACAAACAUGAAUCGUACAAGCAGUCGAGCACACACAAUUGUUACGAUUCAUCUCGAUCAAAUAAUUCAAAUUGAUGAUGAUGAAAUAAAACGAAUGAGUACUAUGCAUUUUAUUGAUUUAGCUGGUUCAGAAACACUUACUAAUCCAGGAAUAUCUGGUGAUCGAUUAAAUGAGCGAACAAAUAUUAAUCGAUCCUUAUCAACAUUUGAAAAUGUCAUAUCUGCAUUGGCCGAUAGAUCGUCAGGAGUAAAACAAAAAAGCUUUGUACCAUAUCGAGAAUCAACAUUAACAAAGUUAAUUCAAAAUUCACUCGGAGGCAAUAGUAAAACAAUAAUGCUUGCUACUUUAUCACCUGCCGACGUUAAUUACCAUGAAACAUUGAACACAUUGGUUUUUGCUGAUCGUGUUAAAAGUAUUAAAAAUUUUGUCAGCAUAAAUGAAGUUGCAUUUGAUAAAUUUAUUCUUCAAUUAAAAGAAGAAAAUCAACGCUUUAAAUUAUUAAUUGAAACAGGAAAUUAUAAUUUACAAUUAGAUGUCAAACCUAGUAUGUCAUCACAAGAAAUCGAAGUAAUUAGACAACAAACGGAAGAGAAUAUUAAUGGACAAAUUGAAAAUAAUGAAAAAACUUUACAAGAUUCAAAAUUACCAUGGGAUGUUAAGCUUCAACAUGCUCAAUUAGAGAAGAUAUACUCAUUGAUGUCAUUUAAAACAUCACAAGUCGAUCAUGCAUAUCCAUUUCUUGUUAAUUUACAUGAAGAUCCAAUAUUAUCCUAUGUUAUCUAUCAUUAUUUAAGUACAGACGAAAUAACCAUUGGUAGUCGAAAUUGUACAAUAUAUAUAAAUGGUUUAAGUAUAUUUGAACGGCACGCUAUUAUUCGGCAUAUUGAUAUGAACAAAUAUGAAUUAAGUCCAGCUGAACCAACGGCAAGAAUUAAAGUCAACGGUUAUAAUUUAAAUGGAAUUGCGUAUCUUCAACAUAAUGAUCGUAUUUUAUUUGGUGCAAAUCAUUUAUACGUAUUUUGUAAUCCAUUAGUUGGACAAGAAUCUGUAUCGGAUAUAUCGAAGAUAAUAACAUGGGAAUAUGCUCAAAAGGAUAUUGCGAAAGCAAAAGGUUUAUUAUUGGCAGAUAAUACAAUGAUUGAACAAGAAGAUCUUGAACAAAAAGUUUUAAAUUUGCUACCAUUAAUUUCGGAAGCUAAUUUAAUUAGUGAAGAACUUAAUAAAUAUCGAUUAUUUGAAAUUAUUCUUAUCCCACUAUCCUCCUGGGAAGGAAUACCAGUACAAGGUUCAAAAUUGUUGGUUAGAAUGAAAAAUAUUGUUACUAAUAAUGUUUGGUUUUGGGAUGAUGUUAAAUUUCUUAAUCGAAUCUACAUCAUUAAAGAUCAUUAUCAAAAAUUUCUCGAUGGAAAAGAAGAUAUUUUAUACAUUUCCAAAGAAGAUGAUCCAUUUUGGGAUCCACUGGAGGAUGUUCUUAUUGGUACUGCUAAUGUAUUUCUUCAAAGUUUGAUGUAUUGUAUGGAUUUCGCCGAUGAAAUUAGUAUUUUUGAUCAUAAAUUUUUGGAACAAGGAUGUCUUAGUGUUAAUCUAAGUCCAUGUUUGCCAAAUGGUGAUGCUUUAACGAAAGAAAAAUUUAUUGAUCAACCCGAUGAACUUCUUAAUAAACCAUACAAUUUCAAAAUAACCAUAAAUCAUAUUGAAAUCAAUGAUGAACAUUACAGUAAAUGCCUUCGUAUACGUUAUAAAAUUUAUAAUGAAUUCAAAUUUACUGAAACUAAAAUUAUAUGCCAACAUGCAUUGCGUGCUCGUAUAAAUCAAUCACGUAUUAAAACCAUACCUAAUAUUGAUAAUAAUUGGUUGAAUUUUUUUGAUAACGGUUGUAUUGUAUUGCAAAUAUUUGCUUUACAAGAUGAGAAAAAAUCUGGCACUGAUCUAUUUAAGCUUACAACUCGAGAAUUAAAAAUUAUUGAACAGAAUCGAGCGGACAAUACAUCAAUCCAUUCUAAUUAUUCAAAUAUAAGCUUACUGAAUGAUCCCAAAUUGAAACUUGAACUAACACUUCUUCAUAGAAAAUAUACUCGUCUCGAACAAAAACAAAAAAGUAUUCAACAACUAUGUCGAAAAUGGGAAACCAAUCACGAUCAUGCUGGACUUCAUAGAUCUUUGUCAGCAAUUACAUUUAGUUCUGGAACGAAGUUAAAACCAACAAAUAUGCAAAAUAAAGAUAAUCUUAUGGAAAUUUAUUUAUUUGGCAAAGAAGAACAAGAAUAUCUAAAUGAUAUUGAACAAAAUAAUCCAGACAGACUAAAAUAUUGGAAUGACUAUUAUGAAAAAUUGGCAUUGAGACAAAACAAUACUUCACUUUCGUAUCGUGUUAAUCAAAAAUGUUCACCAUUCUUUAGUCGAAUGAAUGCGAUUUCAUUUCAACGACCAUCACUAACUGAUCAACUGAAUCGUACUGAUCGAUUGGCCCGUAGCAGUACAUCGAAAUUGAAUCAGGACGACGAUCAAGCUAGUAAUAAUCGCACUCUGAAUCCAAGUCGAUUACGUUGGAAACGAGCGAUAAAAUUGAAUAAAUAUCAAAGACGAAAUGAACAAAACAAAAUACUUCUAAAUAAUGAAACUAAUUCAACAAUUUGUACAAUACAAUAA